AUGCUACAUUCAAUAAUAAACCCCGAUCCAAAGAAUCUACAUUUCAAAUUCGAGCCGUUUCUUCAUCAAGAAUAUAAUCUCGGGCUUGAUCCCGAUAGACCUGUUUGUCAAUUUUACAAUCCCCAGAAACCCAACGACUCGUGCCCCAAUGGCAACCUAUGCCCAAACAAACAUGUGUCAUCUAUGUAUUCCAAUAAAAUAGUGUGUAAGCAUUGGCUUCGUGGUCUCUGUAAGAAAUCAGAUCAUUGUGAGUUUCUCCAUGAAUAUAACCUACGGAAAAUGCCCGAGUGUCUAUUCUUUUCUAAAAAUGGAUUCUGUACCCAAACUCCAGAAUGCUUGUAUUUGCACAUUGACCCGCUGCUGAAGAUACCGGAAUGUUUAAACUAUAAUAAAGGGUUCUGCCCGGAUGGCCCCAACUGUAAGAAUAGACACGUGAGGAGAAUAUUAUGCCCGUUAUUUCUUGCUGGGUUUUGUCCAAAGGGAUUUGAAUGUGAAUACACUCAUCCCAAAUUCGAAGGUAUAGUAGGAAGAUUACGAAUAAAACCAGACACUGACACAGACGGGGAAGCAUCUACAGGAGAAACUCCUGAAGGAAAUGCUAAUGAAAAUAACGAUGACGAUGACAGUGCAUAUACACCGCAAACAGAUUAA